UUCUCCCUCUUCCACAACAUAUUUGCAUGGUGGAACAAUAUAUAAAAAAAAGCGGGGUUAGUUGCUUCACAGCAAGUAUAUCCAAAUUCAAUAACUGAGCGCUGAGGCUACCAAAACAUAAAUAAUUGCCAUAAUUUUCUUCUCAAUUUCCAUUAUUUUUCAUUCAACAAACCGUUGAAUCACCAGUGAACAAAAGGAAAGAAUGCCUCCCAUGGCAACAAUUCCAACACACAGACCUGAGUUGCAUGCUUUGUUCUUCAAUCGGUCCAUUAGCUGUUUCAAAUGCCCAAAAAUUGUUGCCUCAUGGUCCAUGGAACAUACGAAAUCUUCCCCAAUAUUGGAAAACACUAAUGAUAAUAAGACGACGACUAAUUUGAAGAAGAAAGAAGAACUUUGUGUGCAGCAUUUAAGGCCACCGAUUCCAAAAACCGAAAAUUUAGGGUCCAAGAAUCUUCGAUUUGAACGGUUGCAGCCAUCUGAUCAAGAAGUGGCUCAAGGAAAUAGGUUUGAAUUCGGGGAAUUUGUUGCGCGUGAAGCUGUGCUUGAUGAAGAAUAUUGGACAGCGGCAUGGCUGAGAUCAGAAUGUCAAUGGGAGAAUAGAAUGUAUGAAAGAUAUAUUGAUAACUUCAAACGGAAAUUUGCUGAGCAGGAAUUUAUUGCGUUAAGAAGGCGGUGCAAGGUUCUAAAUGGGGAGACCUGCACAUGCAUUAUCACGGUAAGGAAGCAGCACAACAAUUUAAAACAUUCAGUAUUAAAAAGUGUUGUGGGAACCCUUGAUUUGAAUAUCUGCUAUUUGCUGCAAGGCGAGACCUUUCCCGGGGAACACGUAAAGGCUCCACUUUUUGUUAGCAUCGACAGAACGGCACCGAGCAGAUAUGGCUACAUUGCAAACUUAUGUGUCACCAAACCAGCUCGACAACAGGGAAUAGCGAGCAACAUGUUAUAUUUUGCUAUUGAAGCUGCAAAAUAUAAUGGGGUGACUCAAAUAUAUGUUCAUGUUGAUAGAAAUAAUAGGCCUGCACAGAUGUUGUACCAGAAGUUGGGCUUCCAGAUGGUUGAGACGGCAAACACCAAAUUGUCGCUAGAGGAAACAUUCUUGCUACGUUUGCAGACUUAAAUACAAAAGAUUAUUGGUUAUACUUCAAUUGGAUGGUUCUGGAGCUGGUGCGAGUUUCAAAUUUAAAACGCUUCAUGUUCCCGUAAUUAUUGGAUGUAGAUAUGUUUAUGUUGUUCGCAACUCGCAAGUAAUUAGCUCCCCUAUUUAGUGCAUCGCUCUUUUUAUAGAUGCAAGUAUGUAAUAGAUUCUAUUCUUCCCAUAGUUAAAUUUGACGAAAGAAACAACUCAGAUAUAUUAAGAAUGAACAAACUGAAUAUGGAUCCAAUUUAUCUCGCAAUUAUUGGAUUUAUGUUGGUGGGUAUGAUCCCAUCCCCAUUUUUUUGUAUUUCCCUCUGUUAAUGA